AUGAAGCUUAUCCACAUCGCCACUACUGCGAGUCUUUGGUUUUUCAACUGCGCCGCUGCCCGGCAGUGUCCUCUCGAGUCAGACUGUAUCCAGAACUUAUGCACAAAUUUCACAUAUGAGAACGGCAUGAAACACAAACUUUCAGUUGAGAAGCCGAUUGUCCUGACAGCUCGGUGUAAAAAUGACGCCAACGAAGACAUAAUCACCUCACUCGACCUUACCAAAUGUAUCGCGAACGUUGAUGGCCUACUGAAAUGGGCCGAAGGGUUAGAGAGCGAAGAUAGUUAUCUUCGGCUGCAGUGUGAAAAGUGCCCAAAGAAGCUUUCAUUUUUCAGGGGAACCAUGUGGUCGUGGUUGGACCUCUGUAAGUAUCCGUACGAGCACCUUUGA